AUGGCCUCCCGCGGGGGUCCCCGUGCCACCGGCACAGAUGGCAGCGACUUCCAGCACCGAGAGCGGGUGGCCUCGCACUACCAGAUGAGUGUGACCCUCAAGUCGGAGAUAAAGAAGCUGAUCUAUACCCACGUGUGUAUCUGGCUGCUGCUUAUGGCCCAGAUGUGCGUGGGGCACCUCAAGCUGCUGCCCCACGACCAGGUGGCCAUGCCCUACCAGUGGGAAUACCCCUACCUGCUCAGCAUCCUGCCCUCCCUCCUGGGCCUUCUCUCCUUUCCCCGUAACAACAUCAGCUACCUGGUGCUCUCCAUGAUUAGCACUGGCCUCUUCUCCAUGGCUCCCCUCAUCUACGGGGCUAUGGAGAUGUUCCCCAUGGCACAGCAGCUCUACCGUCACGGCAAAGCUUACCGCUUCAUCUUUGGCUUCUCAGCCGUCUCUGUCAUGUAUCUGGUGGUGGUGGUGGCUGCCCAGGUGCAUGGCUGGCAGCUCUACUACAGCAAGAAGCUGCUGGACUCCUGGUUCACCAGUACACAGGAGAAGAAGAAGAAAUGAGAGAGGAAUGGAUGGGCUCUGUAACUGCUGGAGCUCCACAGUUAAGCCCGGUAGGGUGGGUAUGGUGCAGCUCCGGCAGGUGGGGGGAUCGCCGGGGACCAACUCGGGUGUCUGAGCCAUGUCACGGGUCCAGGCUCGCACGCAGAGAAGA